UACGCGCUGAAGUAGUGUAUGAAGAUGGCGGACGAGGAGGCCGAGCAAGACCGUGGUCUUGUGGACAGUAUCAGCAAAACAAUUGGGGAAGUCAGAAAUUUGUUGGAAGGACUACAUGAAGUUGUGAUUCGAGAAAGCGCAAACUCACCAGUUCAGUCCUCUUCUGACUAUUGUCAAGAGUUUUGUAGGACGCUCUUGGAGUUUGUAGGCCGUUGGAAGACGGAGGAAGAGCCUUUGCCUCUCGUACAGGUGUACAUGGUCGCCCUGCUCUGCUUUGCGAAGGCUUCUUCUCAUCUCUCUCUGCAAUGUGAAAGUGUUCCACUUGUGGUUGAGAGACUUUCACUGAGCUUUUUGGAACUGUUGCUCUCACUUAAGACCCUUCCAGAUGAUUUAUGGCAGUAUUUCAAGUCGUCUGUGCAGUUUGCACAUGACAAACUUCAGGAGAAUGGCAUCACCCAGCUGUCGCUACUGUGUGUCCUGAGCCAACAUGAAGGCAUUUGGAGCCACAAAGUCCUGCAAAGUAUUUUGUCAGAUGAGAAUACUGCAACAGAACAUGUGGAGAAGUUCUUGGAGCAUGAGGGCCCUGUGUUGCUGCAGAUGAGAGUGAAGCAGCUGAUAAAGGAGAAGCAGUUGGAGAAGGCUGCACUUCUAGCAAAGAUCUGCAUUGACUGUUCUGCCUUCCAAGUGAAGGGGGAUUUCAAACAGAUGUAUCUUGUCUGCCUCUGUGGCAUUUUGGAAAAAGAUCAACUCAUGGAGGAGCUUUCAAAGGAGGACUGCCACGACGCUAUAGAGAUGAUUUGCAACCUGGAAUCCGAUGGAGAUGACAGCGCAGCGUUCAGUUUAUGUUCAGCCUUUCUAACCCGUCAGCUUCUCCAAGGAGACACAUACUGUGCUUGGGAGCUCACUCUGUUUUGGAGUAAGCUGCUAAAGCGGUUAGAGCCAUCAGAUCACGCCUUCCUGGAUAGAUGCCGGCAAAUGUCAGUCUUAUCCAAAUCCGUGUAUCACAUCCUGUUCUUCAUCAAGGUCAUCCAGUCGGAGAUAACCCACAUUGGUCUACCAGUGUGUAUCGAGUUGUGUAUAAUGGCGCUACGGAUCACAUCGGAGGAUGACAAAGGAAAGGCCACAGUCUGUAAAACAAUUUCCUGUUUGCUUCCAACUGAUCUGGAAGUUAAGAGAGCAUGCCAACUAACAGAGUUUCUUCUGGAGCCCACUGUGGAUUCAUACUAUGUUGUGGAGACACUGUACAAUGAACCAGAUCAAAAACUAGAGGCGGAAAAUAUGCCUAUCCCCAACUCUCUGCGUUGUGAUCUCCUACUGGUUUUAAAGACCCAGUGGCCUUUUGACCCAGAGUUCUGGGAUUGGAAAACACUGAAGCGUCAUUGUCUGUCUCUAAUGGGUAAUGAAGCUUCUAUUGUCUCAUCCAUUGACUCUCUAAAUGAUUCUGAGAACACUGAGGAAGAAGACGACCACAUGAGUCUAAAGGACUUUAAUUAUAUACCAGACAGUAUAGUCAGUGGCACAUGUGAUCUUCAAGAUGCAGCAGACAAGAAACAGAAAAAUCGAGAAAUGAAGAAGCUGAAGGAAAAGGGCUUUGUAUCUACCCGCUUUAGAAACUGGCAGGCCUACAUGCAGUACUGUGUGCUCUGUGACAAAGAGUUUCUUGGUCACCGAAUUGUUCGACAUGCUCAGAUUCAUUUCAGCCAUGGAGUCUACACUUGUCCAAUUUGUGCUGAGACGUUCAUAUCAAAAGACACAUUCCUUCCCCAUGUAACGUCACAUGUUAAACUUUCUAGCAAGGAAAGACUGACUGCAAUGGAAACCAGCAGAGCACUGGUUAAUUCCAAAUUGGCUGCCCCUUCCAUUGCCAUAUUGAAAGCAAAAGCACACAAUGAACUUCAGAAGCUUAACAGUUCACUGAAACAAAACAUUGCUAGAGUUCAGAGGACUCAGUCUCAAGUGAAUAGAUGUGAUGUAGAAGUUAAUGAGGACAACUACAUGUGCCCAGUGGGAACAUGCAAGAGGAGCUUCAAGUUUAUCAAAAACCUCAUUGCACAUGUUAAAGGUCACGGGGAUAAUGAAGAAGCAAAAACGUUUCUUGAACUGCAGAACAACAAGGUGGUUUGCCAGUACUGUCGUCGCCACUUUGUUAGUGUAACUCACCUUAAUGAUCAUUUACAAGUCCACUGUGGUGCAAAGCCUUAUAUUUGUAUACAGUUAAACUGCAAGGCAAGUUUUCUGUCAAAAACCAAACUCCUUCUACAUAAGAAAACCCAUUCAGAUUUCAUGGCUAAAUGCAUGUUUCCAAAUUGUGGAAAAAUCUUUAAUGCCCCCUUUAAGCUCUUUGACCAUGAGUCACAUCAUUACAAAACCUUUACUUGUAAAGUUGUCGACUGUGGAAAGGUAUUUCAUUCUCAACAACAGCUAGAUUUGCAUGUAGAGAACCAUGCUAUCCAGGAUAAAGACAGUUCACCCCGUUCACCAUUCUCUGCCAAGUCACAGCCUGGUUCUUCAACUAAUGAGCAAAUACCUUCUAGUCAAUCUUCUGUUAAACAAGAACAUUCCCAGGAAAACAUCAACUCUGAUGUUUCUUGUUAUCCAAAUCCUGGAGAAUUUAUGACCAUACAAAGUUUGUUGAAGACUACCCCAGAACAUUUGGAUACCAUGGAAACAUGCCAAGUCAAACCAGACCCUCCAAAAUCACUGUUUCCAACCAGCAACAUCUACAAUUCCAAUAAUUCUCUCAUUCAGUCUGUACAUUCCCGUUUACUUGAUUCCAGCAAAGAAAACGAUGAGGUUGGCCAUCAGUCAUUAGAUCGGAAGAUUCCACCUCAAAAUGAUCCAGUACAUCCAUUUGAAGCCAGUGUUGGACAGCUUUUACAAAGUCUUCCCCACACACUCCCCAGCAAAGUAAAUACGGAUGUAAUGAAUUACAAGUCUAACCAUAACUUUAUGUUACCUAUGCUUCAAGGGCCAGCGUCUUGUAGGAGUAGUUUAGCAGUAUCAUUGCCUCGCAUUUCUUCGGAUCCAUCAGUGUCACAACCAAUACCACCAAGAAUAAACCAUCAACUAACUGAGAGCAACCAAGAGAACUUUGCGACUCCUUCAAAUGUCACAGCUCCCCCUCCAGAGCAGAGGCCGAGGUUCCACUGUGCAUUUGGAACAUGUACAAAAACCUACAGCUCUUACAGAAGUGUUUCCAAGCACAUGAGAGCAGUUCAUCCAGAAUUCUAUGAGCAAUGGAAAGUUGCCCGCACUGAAAUCAAAAUAAGCCACAUUCCAGCACUGAACACCUCAUCAGGGCCAUUGAGUUCAGUCUCCUCACUACAGAAGAAGCAGGUUAACCAUCGGGUUCAGGGAAGUGGUAUUAUUCAGCCACAUUCUUGUCUUAGCACAAGUAACACCUCUCAAUAUGGUGUCCCACAAAAUCUCCCUUCAUUCUCCCACAAUCCAAACAGUUCACUCCUAAUGGCAAGUGUUUUAAAUCCCAUUGUCCUUUCUCAGCUAGGUGCUGAUCGAAGUCCAAUAACAACACAGUCUCAACUUUCAAUGGGUCAAAACCCUGUUGCUGCUCGAAGUGAUUUUGUUCCUAACUGUAAUUCUUCCCAUGUAUUCCCAUCUAAUCAGCAUAUGAUACAUGAGAUUGAUUCAUCAAGUGCUCUUUUCCCACUUGGUAUUUCUUCAUCCUCUGUAAUGGAAUCAAAAGUUUGCCAUUCAGAGUCUUUGGACUCACUGCCUGAUAAAAGUAGAGCCCAGUCUACUACUGCUACUAUGAGCACUCAAAUAUCAAUGGAGUUGUCACAAGAAAUGGCAGCCUCUCAAACCUGUACUUCGAAGAUGCAAAGCUGUGUAGUCUCACUUUCCAAGACUCCAGAGAAAACAAAGCCAAAUCAUGAGCUGUUUGAUUUGUCAAUUUUGGAGGAAAAGCAAAGCAGAACCGUCCAGCCUAAGUAUGGCUCCGCCAUCUCUGAAAUUAAUCUUGACACUGAGAGGCAAGACAGGAAACAUGCCAGGACCAAAUGGCCUGCAAUAAUCAAAGAUGGAAAAUUUGUUUGUCGAAGGUGUUUUAGACAGUUUGAUAAUCCUCGAUCUCUUGGUGGUCAUUUGUCCAAGCGUGCAAUUUGCAAACCAUAUCAAGAAUCUGCAAUUAACACAGACUUACCGCAAUCAUUUCUUGAUCUUCUAAAUUCAGAACAAACGGUUGCCACAUCCCAGACACAAUCCUUUUACAACGGUGUUGCUCCAUAUCAGCAACCUGAAAAGAAGGUAGUUGGUUUUUCUUCAGCUUCAAAACAUUAUCCCAUUUCCCAGUAUCCUCAAAAUAACAUGCCAUCGUUUGAAAACAGUCCCUCGAAAAAUGUCAUGCUUAAGCAUCUUAUGCCUGAAUCCAGUAUGUCUGAUCAGUUUGUUCCUCCAUCGGACACCCAAACAAUGUUCCAAAACAGCUGUGCUUCUCAUGCUGCAAGUGAGCAUCUACUUGGUACCUCAGUUAUACAACAUACAGAAACUGUCCAGCUGAAGCAGAGGGUCAAUUCAUACUUUGCCGCCCAUCCUCAUGAGUCACAUGUGGAGAGGUUUCCUGUGAGUGAAUUCUCUGAUUCACUUCUUUCAGAAAUCCUCAUGGAGAACUCUGCUAGUGCUCUCCUGGGCACUACUCACAAAAUCAAAAAAACUCCUGAAUUAAUUUUUCAUGAAAGUUAUCCCUCUAAGAAAACCAUCUCGGCUCCAGAUUCCUGUUCAAACGCCAUGAAGCAAAUGUUACCCGAGUUUCAUCUUAGCCAAGCAGUAACAAGUGGUGUGCAAGCCAUGAGUCCAGUGAAGACUACUGAUAAAGAUAUCAAAAAGCGACUGCGUGAGCAGAUUUUGGCUGGUGACUUUCAACGCAGAAACAUUUGUUCUUCUGGAGAUGUGAAUCUAAAAACUUCGGGCUCAAGUUCCUACAGUCCCUCCAAUAAUUCUGGAUUUCAGAACUUGUUCUACGACGCAACAAGUCAUUCAAAACCUCAAGGUCAAGUCCUUACAGGAAGUUCUCCAGUUACUUCAGAAUCAUCUGGUAAAAUUGAAGACCUGCUGAACACCCAGAGCUUUACUGGUUUCAGAGAGACUCCCAGAAUCCUCAAAGAGCUACCAAGCCCCCCAGUUACCGCAGCAACUGAACUGGAUUCUGGAACAUCAGAGUUGUCAGCCAGCCAGCAGCAGUGGAUGACUGAAAUUCAGUGGGCAUUUGAAAGGCUUGACUUGAUGAGAGAACUUCCCGAUCAGUUGAUAACUUCAUUAAAACAAAAUGGGUUUGAAAAAAGCAGCCUACCUGUAUCCUCUAAGGUGAAAUCCCAAAAUUUCACAGGAGUCACUUCAGUUCCAUCAACAUCUGUUAAACCAUUUGCUUGUGAAGACAUUGAUUGCUCAUUUAGUUCCAUUUCUAGUGAUUCCCUAUGGAGGCAUCUCUCCAAAGCUCACAACUACACAAUUGGGAUGGUUAAGGAGGUCAAAAAAAGGUAUGGACAAUACUCUCCUUUCAAGUGCGAGAAAUGUCCGAAAGCAUUUACUCGAAACUCAAACCUUCGCAUUCAUUACCGGACAGUUCACAAAUUUUCAAAUAAAGAAAUUGCAGACCUGGAUGAAAAGCGAAAGCUGGCAAAAGCUGAAGUAUCUAAUGCAAGUCGAAAGAAGCCUGUGACCAUAAGCCAGGUUUCAUUGGCUCCAGUUACCACAGUCAACCAUACGAUUUUAGAUAACAGUGCCUGUAUACAUCCUCUCCAGGCUUCAUUGAAUCAGAAAUAUGUUCCUUCAGCUAACACAGCUGUAACUAAUCAUGAAUGUCAAGGUUAUAAUCACUGCUCAGUUAUCCAUUCCUUAAAAGCUGAUCCCUUGCAAAAUCUUGAACAAACUUCAUCUGUAAAUCAUCUGACCUUCCCAACCUCCCAGGCACCACAAGCAGGGAUGUCUACUGAACAAUGGAUAAAACAUGAAGAAAAUCUGCCCAAAGUGCAUGCAGAAAGUCUGAAUUUUCCUCUAUUCCAGAAUUUGUCUACCCUACCUCAAGCUCCACAAACUCAUGAAAAUGGCCCUUUCAAGAAGCAAACAGUGGUUAAAGAAAAUAGAAACAUUGUCAGAAAGCCUAAAGGGAAGAAGCCAAAAUCAGAAGAUGCUGUGAGUCCAUAUAGACCAUAUCGCUGCGUCCAUCAAGGUUGUGAGGCAGCUUUCACGAUCCAGCAAAAUCUGAUCCUCCACUACAGGGCUGUGCACCUGUCUGCAUUGUCAGCACUGGUGGAGAGUGAGGAACAUGCCCUGAGUGAGGAGAAUGACCAAAGUGAGGAAGCAGAUGAACUACUGCACCAUGUUAAGGAAGAGCCAGAGUCUGAGUUGCUGCAGAUUACAGAAUUCAGAUGUCAAGUCAAAGACUGCUGCUGUGUUUUUCAAGAAAUUCCCAAUCUCUUCCAGCACUAUCUGCAGUUGCAUGGAUUCACAGAUGAUGAGGUGGAAGCACUAUUGUUUGGUAUAAGACUUGGCAGGUUUGCUUGUGGUCACCAAGGCUGCACAGAAACCUUCACUGCUUUCAGAAAGUAUAAAAGUCAUGUUAAAGAGCACCAUAAAGACCUAAACCUUGCCAAACCUGAACAAUUACAAGUUUUCAAGUGUGAAAUUGAAGGCUGUGAUCGCUCUUAUGCUACAAAGUCAAACAUGCUCAGACAUAUGAUGAAAAAACAUCAGGACUUGUACGAGCUUAAACUACAAAAUAAACAAGUGGAAGAGAAGCAAAACUCAACAUCUUCACAUUACCAAUUUACCAAAAUAAGUAAUGGCAAAGAAAAUAUAGAGAGCAACAAAAAGAUCCCCCUGAGGGCUCCUGACAGGAAGAAGGUAGACAAGUCAAAAAGCAAACACUGGCUUAAAUAUGGAAAACCUUCCUUGAAGUCUAAAGUGGAUGCAUCUGCCUUGUGCACCAAGAAAUUUCACUUGCAAUAUCCUUGUAUGAUCAAAGGUUGCACAUCAGUCAUGAAGUGUGAAAAGAGCAUACUCAAACAUUACAUUGUACAUGGACUGUCAGAAAAGUACUUGGAACAGCACAGGAGUCACUUCAUAUUCUGCAAGAAGUUCUCCAGACAUAAAUUUCGUUCCAUCAGGAGUGACGACUCCAAAUCUGAGAACACUUCAGAGCAGUCGGAUGUUGAGAAAACAACAGAUGCUGUCACCGAUGAAGGAAAAUAUGAGUAUUCAAAGCCGGUCCUACGCAGAAGAAGCCCAACAGAGAUCCCCAUGACUUUGUUAAAAACUAAGUUAUCAAAAAAGAAAAGUUCUGAUGGACUUGUGGUACUAAAGCGUAAACGAGGACGACCAAAAAAAUUUGGCGGAAGUUUUGUCAAAUCUAAAAAAGUCAUUCGGCCAACCAAGACGAUGCUUGUUCAGGUCAAGGAAGAGAAGCAGACCUCCCCAAGCCUUGCAAUAGUUCCGGAGGAGACGGAGCAGAGUGUGCCUCUGGCUUCCUUUAAACCAAUGGGAUUUGAAAUGUCUUUCUUACAAUUCUUGGAAGAGACCAGAGAAUCAGAGCAACACUUAAUGAGGUCAGUUCAGGUAGAAAAUGGUGAGAGCCAAACUAGUUCAAAUAGCAAAAAGACCUGUGUUUGGUUCAGCAACCAUCAGAACUUGAAGUCACUUUGCAAAGUGAAAAUAAAACUAGAUGCAGCCUUUGAGGGUGUCAUAGAGCCCAUGUUGAAACAGCUGCAGGACAUGGACCCAGCUGUAGUGUUAGAGAGAUGUGACUGACUGCUUUUUGGAGAUGUUUUUUUUUUUUUUAAUCCAAUAACUAAAUCUCAGGAUCUGAAUCUGUUCCACAGUACUAUCUGUACAGGGUUUUUUUCAUAUUGUAAAGUGUAAAGCAUGUUCAAAUGACCUCAACUUAUGGCGUCUAAAUUAUCCCUGUGGGAAUUUGAGACAAAUGAGCUUAAUUCUGUGUAGUUUGUGAAGAUGUUGAUCAUUGCUUGUCAUGUGUAUAUAUAGAUUUAAAAAUCCCACUGCCACCAGCAGCCCCAUUAAACUUUUGUAUUAUUUUAGUUGAUUUUUUUUUUCUUUUAUAAGCCCUAAGAGCUUAAAACUUAAGUGCUGUUGCAUGUGGACCUAUAAAAUGAUUUUGUUACAUUUUUCUGAAUUAAAGUCACUUGUUAAAAUUCUCAA